UGUCUCGACUCGAUUCCUAACUAAAAGUCUUAUGACGGAAAAUGUCUGAUGUUGGGAAGGGCCAUUUACAGCCUAUUGUCAGCUCAGCCGCUGCCGCUGCCAGGAGCAGUUUGGUGAAGCGGAACGAUUUCUGUGGUUCCUGUUUGGACGGCGGACAUGUACGAGAGUCGGAACGGUCCCCUGAACGUGAGAUGGAGGACGCUGGCCUGUGUGAGGUGGCUGUGUCCGAGCAGUCCUGGGUCCCGGUGCUUGUGCAAGGCACUGAGCUGCUGGCCAAAGCCUGGUUCGGCGAUACACGGUACCGGGUCCUGUUGAGCGAUCUGCACUGUGUGUGGGAGGAGGAGAUGCUUGCAGAGGCAAUAGGCAGCAGAGCCCAGGAGCUUAAUAAAAGGCUGCGCGCUCCAGUCCAGGCCUUCUUCACCCACCUCCGCUGCGUGGCAGAGCCCCUUCUCUCCGGUCAGGCGGGCGACCAUGACGGUGUGGAGGUGCCCUUCUCGCUCCUGCGCCAUGACGACCACCUCACGGUCCGGCUCAAGAGCGAGCUGGCGGGGGUGCCGUUCCACUGGGAGUUCCGUCUCACACCCGCCUCGGUUCCAGUGGUGUGCAGGCAGCUGGUACGCCCCCUGCUGGCGAUGACGCGGGUACUGCAGAGGCAGGUGGAGGAGCUCGCAGGACUGCUGGGGAGGAAGGAUGCAGAGAUCCAAGACUACAAGGAGAACGGAGCCGUGCUGACCAGAGGAAGACUACUGACUGAUGUGUUCGACGAGGAGCGUUACAGACAGAACUUCUUUUCACUGACGCUCCCUCAGGUGGCUGCUGUGCAGGAGUGUGUGAGCUUCAGCCCUGAGCUCCAGGAUCUCUACGCCGCUGUGAGCAGCCAGAGAGGAGGCCAGCGCAGACGCAAACGCAGACGCUCCAACGCCUCAGCAGACACACACACGGAGGACGACACACACACCCCCGCCCAGGACCAGGGACCAGAACACAACACACACACACAGGUCCAGGACCAGGGGCCGGAACAACACAACACACACACACACGACCAGCGACCUGACCACAACACACACACACACACAGACCACAUGCAUGAGCCAGGCAGCAGAAGCAGCUCAGACCACGGAACCACUCCAGGCCCGGGGGAGCAGAAGAACCCUGGAGGAGGAUCGAGCGGAGAACCUCAAAAGUCCGAGAGUGAGCAGACGGUCCCCCAGAUGGCGGCUCCUGUGGAUCGCUCCGUCUCUCGUCCCAAGAAGAAGAAAGCUGUGGGACUCUUCCGGUGACGGUCCUGUCAGCUGGAGACACCCUAACCCUACAGACAGACACACACACACUCACACACACUCACACACGCACACACACACACUCACUCUGGACCCUGGGCGGCUCUUUGCACACGGAUCGUGUUUUCAUUUGACCCCGUUCGGAAAUUUCCUUCAGGAGAAAAUGGAGGAUGGACAUCCACCUACAAAAGGGGCUUUCUGGCCUAAAUUAUUUUCUUUCUUUUAACUUGCUUUUAAAAAUGCCUACCCAAUUCUGGAUGUCAUUUUUUAUGCCUGUUGUUUUAUUUUUUUUAACUGUCAGUUAACUGUUAAAUUACAGUGAUAUUAAUAAAACAUUUUUUAAAUAUAUGGAACCAACAUUCAUGUCGUUUGAUUUGCUUUAUUUAAAGAUCUAUUAUGAGACUGAAGAGUUGAUUUGAAGUUAUUGUGUCAGGGCUAGAACAUGUGAAA